GCUCCCCCAACAGUUCGGCAAAAGAAACCUCUGUCUGUGGACCCCCAGAAAGCGAGGUCUCGCAUCAUAUUUGAAACCCAGUGCGUGAUAGUGAUAGUAGAGACUCAGAAACCCCGAGAUCUGAACCUGAACCGAAGCCAUGACCAAGUUCGUGGUGGUGGGCCUGUGCCUGCUGAUGGCCCUUGGCCAGAUGGCUUCCGUUUCCGGCGUGACCGAGGCUCCGGAGGUGGAGCAGUCGACGGAGUCGCCCAUCGCCGACAUGGCGCUGAUUGAAGAUGUAUCGCCCAUGGCCCCCAAAACGCCCACGGAGAAGCCGCCCGUUGUCCAGGCUCCCGCUCCCUCCCCCGUUGCAGUUCCCCUGGAGAUCCUGGAGAAGGCGGCGAAUCCCCAGCCCCACACGGUGGCCGACUUCAUCAUCCAUCCCCUGAUCGCCUUCAAGCCUCGCCAGGCCUCCCUCGAGGAGAUCCAGGGCAAGCAGGCCCAGCAGGGAGCCACUCCGGCGGCAGCUGGAGGAUCGCCCGCCUCCCCGGGCACCUGGCUGUUCGGCAUGAAUCCCGCCCAGCAGCUGGGCUCCUCCUUCUCCACGCUGGCCGGUUCCGUUUCCGGUUGGUUCAACGAUCGCCUGCAGGCCGCCGGCCAGCAGCUUCCCGGUCUGGUGGAGACCCCCGUUAGGGAGUCCACCACCAGCACCAGUAGCACCACCACCACCACCACCCAGCGACCAGAUAUUGUGGUGCGGGUGCAGCAGCGUCCCCAGAGGAAUGGCAAUCGUAAUGGCGGAGGAGUGGGUAACCUCAAUGGAGGAGGUAACCAGAACAACCUGAACAGACGUCGCCAGCAGCGACCCAAUCGGUUCAACAACCGACUGGACUCCUUCGAGGACGACUACUACGAGGACGACUACUUCCAGGGCAACCGAUUCGACGAGGAGUUCGACGACGACGAGGAUGAGCAGAGCCUGGAGCAGUUCGAGGAUGAGGAUUCCCUGGAGCAAGUGCGUCCCCAGAGGCAGAAGAAUAAGAAGAACAAGGUUCAGGUAACCCAGAACCAGCGCAGGAAGUUCCAGCAGCAGCAGGAGGAGGAGCAGCAGCUGGUCAGCCAGAAGAGGCGUCAGCAGCCUCUGGCCGCCCAGAAGAAGCCCAAGGUGCAGAAGAAGCCCAUCCAGCCAGUUGAAGAGGAGGAGGAGGAGGAGGAGAACGACGAGGACGAGGAGGAGAACGACGACGAGGAGGAGGAUCAAGAGCAGGACUUCCAGCCUGCCGCCGGCGGCUCAUCCUCCACCAGGCGCAGCCAGAACCAGCCCAACUUCAUCCAGCGUGGUCAGCAGAGCAUCAUCAGCCAGAUCCGUCAGUUUACCAGGGGUCAGACACCCGGUGAGUUGGCCACCACGCUGAGGAGAAACCCUGCUACUUCCUCCUCGGGAGGAUCUUCCAAGACCCGUCGUCCUCAGCAGACGACUCUCCUGGUGAAUCGCAAUGGUCAGACCGUUUACCUGGCCCCCGAGCUGCUCAGCUCCCCCUAUCCCUACGCCUAUGUGCAGGGGGGUCAGGCCAAGAAGCAGCGGGUUCCGGUCAGCGGCUCCUUCCCCCAGCCCCCCCUCACCGUGCCCGUGAGGCGGCAGGGCGGCGGUCGACCCACCCAGUACAUCACCAUUCCCUGGAGCCAACUGGGCCUUUCGCCACCCGACCAGCAGUCGGUGGUCUCCCUGGCCGAGGGCAUCCAGGCCCAGCCGCUGAUCCUCAACAUCCCCCAGAGCGCCAUUAGUCCGGUGAGGGGAACCUCUGCCGGUGGUCAAAAAAAGAAGCAGCGUCCCCAGCUGACCGCCUCGGCGGUUCCCCUGCUGGCCGACGCCUCCCUGAUGGACAUCUUCCAGCCCCCCCAGAUUCCACCCUCCAGGACAGGAACUCCCUCCCAGGGAGGAGCCUCCGCCGCCGGAGGAGCCUCCAUCAAGCCCAUUUCCGCCCAGCCCGUUCUGAUUGCCGCCAAGCCCGUGAAGGCCGGCGGUCUGCUGCCCACUCGCAUUCGUCCCGGAACGAUUGUGGAGAAGGCACCUGCCAUGGAGGAGAAGCAGCCCAUGGAGGCAGGAGCCAGCGAUGUGGUGAAGCAGGAGCAGGAGAUGAUGACCCCGGAGGCCACACAGACCAUCCCCGAGCAGCAGCAGCAGCAGCAGGAGUUCAUCCUGGUCGGCGAGGAUGACGAGCCGGGCCUUUCCCGCCAUGUCCAGCCCGCCUUCGGGGAUGCCCGCUAUGUGUCCUACGGCGACUUCCAUCCCUACUUCGAUCUGCUCACCCAGAACAGGCGGUUCGCCCUGAGGAAGAGCGGUAGGUCGCUGGAGAGUCCCGAGGAGCACCAGAAGGAGGCACCCAGGGCACUGAGCACUUUCGGAAAGGCGCCAGAGGUCCCGAAGGAGGAGGUUAAGAAGGAGGAGCACCAGAAGGAGGAAAUCCACAAGAAGGAGGAACACCAGAAGGAGGAGGAAAAAAAGGAGGAAGCCCAUAAGAAGGAGGUUGAGAAGGAGCACCAAAAGGAGGAGCACCAGAAGGAGGAGCAAAAGAAGGAGGAAAUCCACCAGAAGGAGGAACCCCAUCACCAGGAGCACUCCGCUUAAUUUUGUAACACAAAAAAGCCUCCCGAAAAAAUCGAACCCAAACGAAAAAUGAAAAAUAUUGAAGAUAAAACAAAAAAAUAAUGACAAACAAAACCAAAACCAAAACGAUUUUCAAUCCCCGUGAAAACCACAAAGAAAUAAAUUUUUUUACCUUUUUUUUGCGUGUGUUAAUGCCUAACCAAAAAAGUCGAAAAGCCAUCGAGAGAGAGAGAGAGAAAACUAUUAACAUAACUAAACCUUUUUUUUUAUUGCCGCUUUCGGCCAGUUGAAAGUUCAAGUUUUCACGGUCCAGAUCAUUGACCCCCUCGAAAGACCGAAAACCUGAUCUCGAACCCCCAGAAAACGAUGGCUUAUUAAUGAGGCCCGUGCGCUUUGACCGAUUUAAAUAUGCAUAUCUACCAUCUUGUCGCGGUUUAUUUUCGCUGGCCUUUCCAUAAUUAAUAUUCGCCCGGCGACUAAAGAAAUUCGGUGCUUGGGGUCAGGCGAAAAGAAUUGGCAGAUUAAGAAAGCACCUUAUCGAUAUGCAAAUGGGUUGACCGAUUAACGGUAUUCGGCGUAGGUACAGUUGAUCGAUUGGAAUUGCUUAUCGAUCGAAGGCAACUCUGCGCUGGGGUUUCGCAACAGGUAGCUU